UCCUUUCUCUUCCCCGUCUCUUUCGGAUCCCAGCACAAGGUGCGACGGCGCCAGGCGCGGGGCCCUUGCCGGCGUUCACGACGGCGUGGCGGCUUCCCUCGUCGGAGCAGCGACCACCGGGCCAUGCCCAGCUCGCUGCUCCGUCGAGAGUGGCCCGGGCGUCGGUUUUCUUUCGGAUGGCGAGGCCGCGGGGAGGAAGCCGGUGGCCGCCGGCUUUCCACACGCCGGCGAGGGCGGGGUCUUUCCCACGCGCUGGAGCGACGUGGGGGCGGCGGCGGCGCCUUGGCAUGCUGGGGUUGCCAUGCGGCUCCUCCCCGAGGGAAGGAUAGGUGCCGCCGUGGCCCGUUCAUUGCGGCCGGCGGCCGGCGACACAUUUUGAGUUUGACGGCGACGCACGAGCCCGAGGCCACGAACAUCGUCGUCCAUUAGGUAGGUAAAUUUCACCCAAAAACUUUAAUUUCAACAUUCUAGGGUUCGGGGAAAUUUGGGGAAUUUCAUUAGGGUUUUGACAUUUGAUUGAUUCCCCUCCUUCUAGAUUCUCUUGCUAACCGAACAUGCAUGAACCCAUGAUCCCACGGUACAAAAUUUUGUUUAUCAUUAGCAUGAAAAGAUUAACAGUGCUAAUUUUAAUCUUAAUUAGAUCUUAAUCCGACCAAAAAUAACAUUAACAGAAACUAAUUAAGUAUCAUUAGCACAAAUUAGGCUAAUUCCCUAAUCACAAAAUAGACUCUAAUACGACCAGUAAUGGCUCUGAUACCAUUGUUAGGAAUCUAAUGAUCAUUCUUUAGAUUAAACAUGAAUAUACUAGUCAAACAUUAGAGUACUAACAAAAGGAGAUUAAGCGAGAUUUAACCGUACGUCCAAUAGUUGCCGUAGGUCGGAGGUAGCGGCGUCCUUCAGGCCGAUACCGGCACUGACCGGUGAUCGGCGUCGUGGUGACGACCUUCCUGUAGCUUCAGCAACGCCCUAGAUCGGUAGGGUCGUUAGUGGGGGGCUGGACAAAACUCACGUGAACCGUGUUGUUGAGAAUGGCCAAAGCUUACUCUUUAUAGUGCUGCGCUACAGGGGGCCGAAACCUAUAUAGUUGGUAAGUGCCCCCGAUCAGGGCCAGGGCGUGAUUGAUGGGAUUAGCCAAUAACGUUGGCUAGUUGCCUAAUUCCUCAUCAUUUCCUAAAACACAUCCCUUAAUAAAGGACGUGAUUCUAGGCAUCAAUUUCCUGUUAAAACAGAUCAACCGACACAAUGAUGUCAGAGGGUCAGAGGUUUCUAUUGGGAAGAUGAUCUUCCCCUUUUUCAUGUUCCAUCUGAGCGAUUCCUAGCAGAACCUCCGAUUGUUCACACUGUUCUAUUCUCAUUCCCUCAUCAGUUGGGUGAUCCAUCGCAACACCAGUCUACUAAAAAUAUAUCUGCCUAAGUAGUUUAUUUAGAUAUUAACUGAACUAAUAAGAUAUCUAGUACAUCAACUAGAAAAGAAGAACUGAUGAUGUAGGUCUUUGCUGCAAUAUAUGGUGGUGUCACAGCACAAGGAACCGAAUGGAACUUGGCACCAAGUGACUCUCUUACCGGGGAUUUCAUGUCCCGGUUUGGUUGGUGUGCUUAUAGUUUGGUGAUCAGUGUGCCAUGUCAGACUUUUUCGAUUUCGCUGCUAGAUGUACUAAUUUAGGCUAAUAUGCAUCUUGCGAUGCAGAGGCCGGGGGUAAUAGGACUUCCAUUUUCUAAAUGAAAAAACUAUGAACACCUUAGAACUUUUCUGGAACUCUGGAUAUACACAACAAUCCUACUCAAUUGCUUCAGAUUGACAGGAACAGUAACUAAAAUUCCAUCCAGUCUUGAACCCUGCAGGGACUCUUACUUACAUUACAUCUCACAAUCAGUCCAAUUUCGAUCGAUUUACCGAAACAUCCACAUUCAGUAGAGGUGCAGUAGCACGCACCUCUGUGUGUUGUGCAGGUAGAGGUUCUGGAACCCCAGCGUCGCCAUCGCCCACAGCGUGUCGCGGCCUGUCAUGGUCUCCUCCUGCAGAGGGAGAAAUUUUGUGUGAGGGCAUCACAGGGAGAAGGAAAGGAUGAAUAGGAGGGCGACGCGGAUCGAUGAGGUUAGUCGUCGAUCAUCCGGCUGGAAACAGUACUGUCGUCGUGUGCUUCCUCUGUGAGAGAGGAAAGGAGGAGUGGCGCGGAUCGGUGAGCUGGCGAAGAAGCACAGUACUUUCUCUAUCUAUGUGAGGGCGCAGCAGAGAGGGAGAAGGAGAUGGCGUGCGGAGGGUGUUGGAGCAUGUAUAGGCAGUUGGAAACGAUUGUACUCACACCGAUGAUCAAUACAACAUUCAGUGUUGCAUCUCUCUCUAUUCUUCUACAUGGUAUCAGUGACCGUCUGAUCCAACCGCUGCUCCUCGCCGCCGCCAUGAGCGACUCCGGGGACUCCCCCCACGGCUCUCCUCGUCGCUCUGCACCUAGCACCGGUGGAUCCCGUCGAGGAAUACCAGACCACGCCUGAGCGAUGUGUUCAGCUCCCCCCAAAAUCCCAAAAAAGAUCGAGGCAAAACAGAAAGCAAAAAAUCUGGAAGAGAAGAGGAGGAAGAAACGGCAGGAGAAGAGGAGAAAGUUGGAAGAGAAGAGGAGAAAUAACAAGGAGAAGGAAAAAAAAGUUGCAACAAAAGAAGAACAAGUUGCCAAGGAGACCAACUUUGACUUCUGGGGAAUCAUUUUUGUGACGCUUGCUGCUGUUAUGUCAGGAUUCCGCUGGUCCAUGACUCAGAUUCUGUUGCAACCUUGAAUGCGCCGCGCUACCUGGACAUCAACACAGAGUAGAUGAGAUCAGAACAUUACUAUUGACAGGCCUCACAAUUCAACUUCUUUCUGAAGUGCUGCUGCCUCGGACAACAUAAGGAUUCAUAACACUUGCUUAGAGAUAUAGUUACCUGGACAUCGACUCAGCAGCUCUUGUGUUUCUGCCAGUUAAACUUGAUAUGUUCUCAAACUUGUUUUGCUUCGACCUUGCCUAAUUAUUCUUUGAAUUUUCUGUGAAUUGAACUAUGAAUAUUCGAUGGUUGAUCUCUGAAUAUAUUUUUCCUGAAGUUGUGCAUGUUGACUAA